AAGAAUGUUUCACGAAAUAACGAUAUUGUAUUUGCAAACCAUCCUCUAAGUAUGGCUGGAUAUAAGUUAUCCUUCAAUUAAUUAUAAGAUCAUUAUAAUCAGAGCUCUCGUGUUUGAGUUCUUUAAUACAUAAUCAUCUUGGUUAGAGAGCGUCUUACAAUCCAAUACGGAAUUAGUCUAGACAAGCACGUACACUGGAUACUAGAUGAGAAAAAGUUAAGAACAAGAAUCAAACCCAUAUCAAACUGAACAACAUUAAAAACACAUCAAUUCUCCAAAUACCAAAACAUCUAAACUAACUUUAUAAACUAUCCAUAAACUCCUUAUCAGUUUCAAGAGAAGCCAUGAAGUGAGGUAAAAGGCACACUUCCAAAUCCAUGCUACCAACACCUUCAAUUCCUUCGUACAAACUAACUUCCCCAUCAAACUUAUGUGCAUAUCCACUUCUAAGUGCCACUCCUUUUCCAAAUCCAAAUUCAUGUCCAUCAUGGUUAAUGGCUCUAUCAUGAUCGAAAAACGAUUGGACAAUUAAAGGCACAUCUUUUGGUGAAAGUAUAUCAGAAACAGUUGAAUCAAGAUUAGCAUGGAUAAAUCUUGCACCAGGGGUAUUAACACAGUUGAUCGAUAAAGACGGUGUAAAGAGGGGGACUUUCUUGUUUUAAGUGUUUUGAAACGACCAGCUAAUGGGUAAAAAUGAACAAAGGUGAUUGAGAGUGAAUUCUUUAAGCUUUUGCAAUAGAGGAUCAAGUUGAAAAGAUGAUGGCUUGGUGAAAAGGAGACCUUUUUGGAUAUAUUGAAACGAAAGCAUGGCUAUAUCCCAUGAUGAUAGAUAAACAGGCUUUUUCGACUCUUCUGAAUCGUAAAGUGGCUUGAUGAAACAAUCUGAAAUGUGUUGAACAGUAGGUGAAGAUGCCAUUUGUUUUUGCUUCUUGUUAUUGCAGUAUGAAGAUUUGGUUUUUUUAGAGUAUUUAAUGCCUAGUUCUACCUACUAACACCCUCGUUUGGAUGAUUGUUACCCGUUGUGUUGUAUUGUUAGUUUAGAUACAAUGUUCGUUUUUAUUCUAGAGAAAAUUAGAACAAGGAAGAGCCUUUGGAGGCUAUUUGUAUUCCGCGCCAGUACUGUUUUCAGUUACUUAAUCUGCUCUAAGUCAAUUCAUUGCAGUAUAGAUCUGCUCCUGCUUAUGUAAAAAAUUUGAAUUUACCUUUGUGUUCUGUUAGAGUGAGUAAAAACCUCAUGUUGGUUGUGGAAUGGAAUAGACUUGGACAAUCCUCCCCUCGUAAACUAACUCUAGAUUGACCAUCGCCCAUCGGCCUUAGGAUGAAAGGUUGUGCUAAGACUCACUCUGCUACCCAACGCGUUCCGUAGGCUUUGCCAUACGGCUGGCCUUAGUCUGUACCUUGAUUUUAUUUCAUAUUUGUUGCAUGUGAAACACCCUUAAAAUAUGGAGCCCCAUACAAUCAAAUCGAAUAAAAUCUCUAUCUACAAUGUCAGCGCCAUAUUUUGUAAUAGCAGAAACCUUUAAACUUUAAAAGAUAAAAGGUUAACGUGUUGACGUGUUGUAGUCUUAAGGGUGAAAUAAUAUCUUACAAGAUCUAAAAAUCAGCUCAUUCAUUAAAAUAAGUUCAAAGUUAAAAGACUUUUUAGUGUACACAUGCAUUUGACAUCAGUGCUUACUUCAAUUUAAUUGACCUUAUAAUAAACGACAACACAAAAUCUUUUGAAAUUAAUACAAUCAGCCCAUGCAACAACAUUAUUGGAUAAAGUCUUUCCUCUGCUAGGGCCUUGUGUCUUCGCGAAGCUUUUGAAAAGAUUUGAUUCUUUCUACUAAACUCGGUGGUUAAAGUAUUGCUUUCAUUCGGCGAAAAUUAUUAUUCGUGAAUAUGGAGAUUGGAUUCAUAUUACCAACUAUACUCUUGAUUUUCUCCAUAUUUUUUUUUCUAAAAUUGCAAAAUGCAAGAAGGAAAAAUCUUCCUCCAAGUCCACCAUUUUUACCAAUUAUUGGACAUCUCCAUCUCCUCAAAUCUCCAAUUCACCAAACCUUCAAAUCACUUUCUAGCAAAUAUGGUCCAAUUAUGUACCUAUAUUUUGGUACAUCUCAAGUGAUAAUCGUCUCCUCUGCCUCAAUCGCGGAGCAAUGCUUCACGAAAAAUGACAUUAUUUUCGCGAAUAGACCAAAAUCUCUAGCUAGUAAACACCUUGGCUAUAACCACACAACAAUUGGAUUCUCACCUUAUGGUGACCAUUGGCGUAAUCUUCGCCGAAUUUCUAAUAUUCAAAUAUUUUCCACUUUUACCCUCAACAGCUCCUCUUCCAUCCGCACGGAAGAAGUCCAAUUCGUUGUUAAAAAUUUAAUCCAAGAGUACAAAGGAGGAAUUACUCAAAAAGUGAAACUGAAAAUUCUAUUUGAGAAAUUAGUUUACGAUGUGUUAACGAAAAUGGUUGCAGGUAAACGUUGGGCCGAGUCAUCGACUGAUGACUUGUUCGGCCCAACUAUGAUUAUGAACAUUUGUGAUUAUAUUCCAAUACUUAAAUGGAUUGGAUUUCAAGGACUGGAGAAGAAUUUGGUGGAGUUGAAGAUAAGAAGAGAUGAAUUUCUUCAGGGCCUAAUCGAUGAAUGUCGAAAGAGCAGAGCUGAUAACAAAACAAUAAUUCAUACGUUGUUGUCUUUGCAGAGAGGCCAGCCAGAAUGUUACACAGAUGAUAUUAUUAAGGGUGUCAUCAUGGUAAUGUUUACUGCUGGAACACAUACAUCAGCUGUAACAAUGGAAUGGGCAAUGUCACUGUUACUAAACCAUCCAGAGGUAAUGAAAAAGGCUAGACUCGAAAUCGACAACCUCAUCGGAGAAACACGUCCAUUAGAGGAACCAGACAUCCUUAAAUUACCAUAUUUGCGUUGCAUAAUCAAUGAAACAUUAAGGUUAUUUCCUGCUGGACCACUUUUAGUCCCACAUUUUUCAACACAAGAAUGUACAAUUGAAGGUUACCAUAUUCCUAAAAGUACAAUAUUGUUUGUAAAUAUUUGGGAGAUUCAAAGAGAUGGUAAAAUUUGGGAAGAUGCAAAUGAGUUUAAGCCAGAGAGAUUUGUAGGGGGGAUUGAAGGAUGUAAAUUUAUACCAUUUGGUAUGGGUAGAAGGGCUUGUCCUGGUUCUGGACUUGCUAUGAGGUUAAUUGGUUUAGUUUUGGGCUUAUUUAUUCAAUGUUUUGAGUGGGAAAGAAUUGGGGAAGAAUUGGUGAGUUUAGAUGAAAGUUGUGGGCUUAUGUUAAGUAAACUUGAGCCUUUAGAGGCAUUGUAUAGGCCUAGAGAGUCUAUGGUUGCACUCUUUUCUCAACUUUGAGUUUAAUAUGAAAUUAGUAGAACGUUAUGUGUGUAAAGAUCGCGUUCAGUUCGUGAAUUUUCACUGGAUAUAUUUUUUUUU